UGCGGUCGGCAGCUGAAUUGCAGCGAGAGAUCAGUGCCAACACCGUUCUUGUGAUAGUCAGCACGCGCGGAAGUCAUGCUAAGUGAUGUGUCUAUGUGAAUGUGUCAAUCGGUCUUUUUCUACAAAAAAAAUUGCGCUAGUUGGUUCUGGGAGGGUUUUAAGCGGUCAUUGGUGUUAGAAUUAUAGGCAUACCUGGCAACACUGCACCAGGUUGUGGCAAAAGGGACUAGCACUAUCAACGUAGUUUCGAGUGAACAGAAGCAAGCGCUCAUGGAGAUCGACAGCAGGGUCGCGAGGAACGCGUGCGACUACGGUCGCAACAUCACCUUCUUCUACGAGUACGUGGGCAAGGAAAUCAGCAGAGACUGGGGAAUCCGGGAAUGCAUCAUCGUGGGUGUGGGUCUGCCGAUCUGCCUCCUCAUGGUCCUGUCCAAUGUCAUGGUGAUGGUCGCCAUCAAGGUCAACCAGCGCUUCCACUUCCCCAUCUACUACCUGAUGGCCAACAUGGCGGCAGCAGACUUGUUCGCCGGGUUGGCUUACACCAACCUCAUGCUGAACACCGGACCCUGGACGAGCAGACUGACCAAACAGCAGUGGUUCAUCAGGAAUGCCCUGGUGGAUAUUAGCCUGACUGCAUCUGUGGCCAACCUGUUGGCCGUUGCGGUGGAACGCCACCAGACCGUCAUGACCAUGCAGCUGCACAACAAGAUGACCAACAGGCGCGUGGUGCUGCUCAUCGUGUUCAUCUGGAUCCUGGCUAUCGUCAUGGGUCUGGUGCCGUCCAUGGGUUGGAACUGCCAGUGCCAGCUCAGCGACUGCUCCACCAUCGCCCCGCUCUACAGCCGCAAGUAUCUGAUCUUCUGGGCGUCUCUCAACCUCCUCACCUUUUCUUUCAUGGUGGCCGUGUACGCACGCAUCCUUGUAUACGUGAGGCGGAAGAGCCGACGGAUGUCCCGGCACAGCGUCUACCCACGGGCCCAUAGUGAGACCGUGGUCAACCUCAUGAAGACUAUAUCCAUAGUACUGGGUGUGUUUGUCUUGUGUUGGACCCCAGGCCUUGUGACUCUGUUGUUGGAUGGAAUAAUGGGUAAAGAAAGUCAUGCAGCGGCCUAUGAAAAGUACUGCCUGAUCCUUGCCGAGUGUAACUCCUUGGUCAACCCGCUUAUCUACACCUACCGGGACAAGGAGAUGAGGAGGACUUUCAAGUGUAUCCUAGGCUUCCUAUGUAGGAGAAGCUGUGACCACCAGGGGGAGUCGUCCCCUGUGGAGGCUGACACGCUACAGCCUAAGUCACCACAGGUGGAGGACAUCUCUGAGAUCGAAGUAGAGGACCAAGCCACUGGUGGUUCUUGUCAGCUGAUCGAGAGAAAGUGGUGACCGGUCUCUUCACAUCGACGGCUGGAUCACAGCAGGAGACGCCACAGAUAUUAGAUCUACAUCCACUCAUGAACUUAACGGGGCAGGGAGCCCAAUAAACGAAAGGUUGCUAGAUCGAAUCCCUGAGCUGAAAAGAAUCAGUAGUUUUGGCCUUGAGCAUGAGAGCUAACCUUUCUGUAAACAGCUGGCUGUGAACACAUUCGCUGAGAUUGCCCACCCCAUGAGAAGGGGAUAUGCAAAUAACAUUACAAUUCAUGCUGGUAGGUGGAUGUUUUCACUCUGAGAGACUUGAUCGUGUGUCUGUUCAUUUGGUUUGUCGGUCCAGAUGUUGCAAGUGCAAUGCUACUAGCUGAGCCAAAGGACCACUCUUCUGUAGCAGUGCUCUCCUUUUACUAGCUGAGCCAAAGGACCACUCAUCUGUAGCAGGUUAAUGGUGUGUAUCAGGUACAUUGUCUGUAGCAGGUUAACUGCCACAAUAAAGCAAGCACAUAAGUAUGUGACUGUGAGUAUUCAAA